AUGGACAAAGAAAAAGAUGAUGAUAUUGUUCCUGGGUUUUCUGGACGUUACAAGUUAUUGAAAGAAUCAAAUGAUGAAUUAAACUUGGCUAUCUCAAAUUUGACUCUUGAUGAUGAUGGAAAAUUUCAAUGUCAAGUUAUUGGACCAAAUGGAGUAUUUUUGCGUUCUCAUGAUUUUGUUGAAGUUUUGGUCCCACCUCGAACUGUUCGUUUCGAAAAUUUUCAAUCUGGACAAACUCUAAUAGUCAAUGAAGGUUCUCAAAUUAAUUUAACUUGUAUUUCUGAACAAUCAAAACCUCAGGCUGAUUUAAAUAUUUUUUUGAAUGGAAAGAAGGCAACAGAAAAUAUUUUUAGAAAUUUUAUUUUAUUAAAAAAUGGAACAAUUAAUACAUUUGCAAGUCUUGUUUUGAGGCCAGGUAAAAUUCAUCAUAAUAUUGUCAUUUCCUGUGAAGCAACUCAUUCUGAAACGUCUACGAAAAUGAGGGAUUUUAUUACUUUGGAUGUUUAUUAUUCUUCUGAUCGCCCAAAAAUUGAUUUAAUUGGAGGAACAAAUGGUGGUGAUACUCCUCUUUUAGCUGGCCAAAAUAUAACUUUAUUGUGUAUUGCUGAAGGGGGUAAUCCUCCACCACAAUUGCUUUGGUCUAAUAAUCAAAAAGGACAAUUAAAUUCAACUUUUGUUUAUGAUGAGUCUAGUCAGAUAACUCAAAACGAGCUUUCUUUUAUUCUUUCUGGUGCUGAUAAUGACGUAACUUUUGAAUGUACUAGUCAAUCACAUUCCAACAUGACACCUUUAAUUAAUCGAAUUACGCUACAUGUUGAUUACCCUCCCGCAAAUGUUUUUCUUUAUGGAAGUACUGUUGUUCGAAAAGGGGAAGCUUUAACAAUGUCUUGUACUUCAAGUGUCUCCUCUCCAGCAGCAACAAUUACUUGGCAAAUAAAUGGGUCACCUACUCAAAAACAAAUACAACAUAAAACUAAACAAUUACAGGGUUUUGUAACUCAAUCAAAUAUUACAAUUGAUUCAACGAUGCUUUUACAUGGACAAAAUGAAAUUUUGGUGGCUUGUAUUGCUAGUAAUGGUGUUGAACUUCCAGUGCAAAAAUCUCAUAUAAUUCGAGUUUUAUCGCCACCUUCACAUCCUGUCAUUACUGAAAGCGAAACAAAUACUGUGCCUUUAGAGGGUGUUUUAUACAAUUUAACAUGUGAAUCUCAGGGAGGUCAUCCAUUUGCUACAAUUUCUUGGUUUCGUGGAGUUGAGAAGAAUUCUGGCAAACAUUUUUCUUCUGAAUUACUUACCCAUAAUAGUUUGCAGCAUUCUCAUCAUAAGAAAAAAAUCAGAUGGAAACAGUUAAAAGAAACUGAAAAUACGUUAAAUGGCGAUAGCUCAAUUAGUACCUUAACACUUUUACUUGAUAGAGCAAUGAAUGGUCAACAAAUUCGUUGUGAAGCUGAAAAUGGUGCUACUGAUUUGCCUCUUAUUGCUAAAAAGAAUUUGGUUGUUUUGUUUCCACCAAUUCAAGUUCGAGUUAAGCCUGCCAGAAAUGUUCAUAUGAUUGCCAAUUCACCAACAGAAUUAUCUUGUUCAAUUCCCUCCUCAAAUCCUAUGGCUGAAUUAAGUUGGGAAUUUCCAAAUACUGUUGAUAAACAAUUGACAAUAUCGAGGAAUGGUGAACAAAUUAGAAAAUCGAGCAAACCUGUUGGAGAAUAUCACGGCUAUGAAGCAGAAAAUAUUAUCCAAUUUACCCCAACUGAAGCAAUGGAUGGGGCUGAAGUUCGUUGUAUUGCUUCACAUCAUUUAUGGAGUGAGAAGAAAUAUGGAACUUUUGCUUUGGAUAUUAAAUAUCCUCCUCGUAUUCCAAUAGAAGGUCAAAUGUCAAUACUUGUUAGAGAAGGACAAUCAUUUGAAGAAAAUGUAACAAUUUAUGCAAAUCCUCGAGUUAAUGCUUAUGCUUGGCGCAAGGAUGGAUUUACUAUAGACCGUUCUAUUGGGACUAUAUUUGUUAGACAAUCAGUUAUUGGAGGUAUUGGUGUUACUAAAGAAGAUACUGGAAUUUAUACUUUAUUGGUUUCAAAUGGUGUAGGGACGGCAAAUGCUACAAUUUCUUUAGUUGUUGAAUAUUCAGCAAGAAUUGUUCGAAUAAAUAAUCCUGUUAUUGCUAGUAUUGGUGAAGAUAUUGUUUUGGAAUGUGAGGUAGAUGGAAACCCAUUAAAACUUGGAAUGAUUAGAUGGUUUAGAGGACAAGAAGAAGUCAAACCUUUUCUUUUGGAACAACACCGCUCUGUUUUGAGAAUAAUUGCGACGCAUGAAAAUAGUGGGGCUUAUACAUGUCUUGUAGAUAAUGGAAUUGGAAAGCCAAACUCUUCUAUUGCUUACCUUUUGGUUCGUCGCGCACCCGAAAUUGUUAAAAGGCCUGGAUUUAAUCGUGCCGCUGGUCCGCUUGGUGGAAAAGCAACACUUCGUUGUCGUGCUAGUGCUGUUCCAAAUGCAGAAUUUAACUGGGGUAUUGAAGAUGAAGGACAUAUGAUUCAUCAUAAUACAACAAAAUAUCGCUUUUUUGAUACUCAAUUGGAUCACACAACUUUCCAGAGUACUCUGACAAUUUUAAAUUUGGAUGAAAGGGAUUACAAUCGUCGCUAUAGAUGCCGAGCUUUCAACCGCCUCGGACAUGCUCACUCAUUUAUUUCUGUUGGUCCUCCAAGCGCACCUGAACAACCUUCUGAAAUUGAAAUUAUUAAUAUAACAAAUACAUCUGCUUCAAUUUCAUGGAUCCCAGGAUUUGAUGGAGGCUCUGACCAAUUAUUUGAAUUAAUAUAUCAAGAUAUGGAUGAAAAUCAAUUAUUUACAUUAAAUACAAGCCUUUCAAAUAUCAUAUUAAACGACUUGAAAACAAAACAUGGUUAUUCUCUUCAAAUUAGAGCAAUAAAUGCGAGAGGUGAUAUUUCUGACUUGACCCAACCUUUGAUGUUCCACACAUUGGAAGAAAUGCCUCAAAAUGGUGGAAUUGGUGAUAAUAUGCUUUUAAAGAAACGACCAAUAAGUCAUUCAACAAUAAUUGCUUUAAUUUUUGGCCUUUUGGGACUUUUAUUGCUCAAUAUUAUUUUAAUUUGUUAUUUAAAUCGAAGAAAUAAGCGGCGUAAAAUAUUAGCAAGAAAUUCACAACAACAACAAAAUGGUUCUUCCUCAACAGGAAGUGGAGGUAGUGGAAGAACAAUUCAAAUUUAUGGAACAAUGAAUGCCUUACAAAAUAAUUUUCAACAUCAUCAACCUCAAAUAAUCCAACCACAACAGAAUGUAAGGAAUGGAUCUAUUUGCAACCAUUCAGAUGUUCAAAUUGUACAGCAAGAUCAAUCUUUUAUUGAAGAUACACAAUCUGCUCAAACGGUGAUUUUUUAUGCCCCUUACUUGAUUAUUUCUCUCAUACUCAAUUAUUCCGGUUAUUGUAAGAAAGAAAUUUUUUGCCAUGGAUUUUUUUAUUUUUAUCAGGGAUGGGUUGGAUUACUCUAAAGCAUUCGAUUUUUUAAAAUUUGGUGUUGGACAUAGUGAGAGGAUGUCCAAUUAAUUUGGAGGCCGAAGAGACUUGAGUUGUAUGUAUAUACUACCAUGAAUUUCUAUCAGGGAUGGGUUGAGUUUCUUUAAGGACUCAACCUGAAACCCAACCAGAAGAAAAUUUUGAGGAACCGAUCCGAACCCCGACCCGACUUU